AUGGAUAAUAUAUGUAAUAUUAAAAAUAUAGAGAAUGGUGUCAUUGAAUCCGGGCAGACGAUCUACAGUUUAAGUAAGAACUCAAUAGCAUUGCAUGGAAAGGAGCGACUAUACACCGAGCUUGACUCUGGUGGCCGCACAAUUAGCCGGUGUUUGACCACUUACGAGUGCCAGCUUGAGGACGAUGUAGAGCAACUGCAAGAGGCGCUUUUCAAAAUAUCUUCCCACUAUGCCAAGAUUCAAUUUGGACUGCGCCAGGUAGCCUCGGCUUCGUCCAGUGAAAGGGAUAGCCUACUCAAAGAUCUAGAGGAUUUGACGUCCCAGGGUCUGGAUGGUACUGAACAUAGUCUGGACUACACAUCUUCCACACCAUCCAAUAUUCGUGACGUCUCGAAGAAUUGGAAAUUGGAAUUUGCUUUCAGCAGGAUUGUUGUCCUCUUGAAAGCAGAUCCAUGA